UCGCGUGUCGCACCCACCGGCACCAUGUCUGCGGUUGGUGCUAAGGCCAGGGAAGGGGCGGGAGCACGAGGAGGGCCCGCAAAGAAGGGCCAGCCCAAGAAGGGCGACGACAUUGUAUCGGUGGAGGAAAAGGUGUGGACAUUACGGAUGGGUGCUCGAGAUCCACCGUCCAACGUCGCCCGUUUCGAGGAAAUCUGGGUUGGGAAGGGCGACAGCAAGCGCAAGGUCCCGCGGCCCCCAUUCGACGACCCGACAGUCUUCAGCAGGCCCGCCUACAUGUACCGGGAGCAGGAGGCCGAGGAGCAUAGUGAGGACGAGGACUACGAGGGUCCCGGGAAGUUCGAUGCGUUCGAACGCCCCGCCUUCAAGAGACGGACCAUCAAGACCCGAGCCAUCCAGUGGGCGCUAGAGGACCGAAGAGACCACGCCAAGGGGGGCGGCAUCAAGUACAUCGGCGACAAAAUCACCCAGCAAAUGAGCAGGUACGCGACGUUUAAGGUGGACCCCAACCGGCCACAGACGAUCGAGGUGACGCCCAUCGAUGAGUGGUGGCAGUUCAAGAAGGCUCCGAAGGAUACGGGGAAGAACAUGACGGUAAAGGAGGCCGAGGAGCUGAUGAAGAAGCAGGAGAACUUUCUCGGCCCUCUGUCGCUGGCCAACAGGAUCUUGGGCAAGAAGAGCCUGGAGGCUGCGGCAAAAGAGAAGGCGGAGAAUUCUCGCUACGGAGGCCUGGACCAUGAGGACACUCAGGUUUUGAAGGAGGCCGGGAUGAAGCUGGCGAGCCCCGAGGAUGCGCAAGCCGUAGAUGGCUUCGGUGACGGGAGCGGAUCGGACGGCGGCACUGGGGAGAUCGAAAAAGGGGAGGUGGACUCGGACGCGGGGGGCGAGGACGAUGACUUUGGUGACGAGGUGCGGAGCGACGACGAGGAGGAAGUCGGAAACGACGACGCGAAUGAGGGGGGUGGAACUCUUCACCAGGACGACGAGGACCUGAACGACUCCGACGACGAGCACCUCACGGACGACGAGCACCACGAGCUGCAGAAGUUGUCCCGCUCCGUGAACGCGGACGGCGCCCAUGUGGAAGAAGAGGACGACUACACCGUUUCAGGGGACAUCGGGAGAGCAUCCCCUACCGUACCCCCCCCUGGAAACCCAAAGCCCGCCGCCGGUGCUCCCGCGGGAGACGGUGCUGACUCAUCGGCAGGAGGAGGAGGAGGGGGCUCGGGCAAACGAGGAGCUAGUGCAAUGGAGGUGGGGGGAGGGGAAGGGGGGGGUUCCGCGGGGGGACGGGCGGGGGGUAAGGGGUCGGGGGGCGAGGGGGGGAGCGGAAGCAAGCGCGCGAGAACGGCGCAGAAGAAGGGGGCGCAGGAGAUCAACCAGGCGAACGUGGUGGCGACGCUCAAGCGCUACGGCGGGCGACUGGCCAGCAAGGCCCUCCUGGGGCAUUUCGUGGCGGCUCUGAAGGCGGACGGCAAGAAGAACAAGGAGGCGGCGGUGGCCAACCUUCGGGCGAUCCUCAAGAAGGUGGCAACGAAAGUGGACGACGCGAUCGAAGGCACCGUGUGGGUUCUCAAGAAGCACUUCAGCUGAGGAUGACAGCCAGGAGUGGGCUGGGAUCUUUUUCAGCAGUAAUAUACUUUGCUCCUUGUUGGAUCUGUGGCGCGGCCGGCCGGUAGGCGGGGAUCUUGUUUUUGGAGUCGCCCCAGUGUGGGGUAUUGUGUCGCUGGCAUUGGGGUUUUCGGCUUCGUUAACGCACGUCGACGACGUCGGUGGGUUGCGUGUACAAUGUCGAUUCGCCCCCCUCGGUAGAAAGGACGUAUACUACCGGAGCCGGCAGGGGGCAGGACAUAACAUGACCGAUAAGCGCUGCCGACCUUGCCACAAUGACAGCAGUGGAAGAGAGAGGGAGCGAGGGAGAGAGAGAGAGA